CAUCUAGCCUCUGGUGGUAGUACAUUCAAAUUGAGGAAGCAAAGAUAGAUAUGCUGCUGUCAGGCGGCUUCUCCUGGGUGUACCUUGCUCUGCUGUUGGCCUUGCUCACCUUCAACUCCGUCAUGGCGGUGUACCACUCCAAGGGCGACACGGCCACUGUCGCCUUCGUCGCCACCUCCUACCUCGACCUGGUGCUGCUCUUCUGCUGCCUCUGGCUCUACAACACAACGGCAGCGGGGUCGGCGUGGAGGAACCGGCUCAAGGCGUCAGUGUGGACUCUCACCACGCUGCUCACCUUCUCCUUCGCCUACAUGGUCAUGGGCACGGCUGGCCUCACCCUCCACGUCGCGUUGCUCGUGUGGUUCAUCGCCGCGGCGACGGGGAUUGGUGCCUUCUCCGCCUUCUUCGAGCAGGGCAGUACUGCAUCGCCGCCGUAUCCGCCCGCGCUCGGCGUCAAACAUUCGACGUGCCCGGCCAUGCGGCGCAGCGUGUCCACUUCGAUCGACCGCACGGUGCCGCUCGGCGUCCUCGUCCAUGCCGCUAAUCAACCCAGCUCCGGGUGA